AUACGACCGCAUCGCCUAUCAGACGGGACGAAAUCAUCGAAGUCACUGAUGUCCGGCUGACAUCAGUCUCUACAUCAGUCUCUUGUUUGUCUUUCUUUCUUCACACACACACUCUCACUUUCUGUUUGCUGAGAGGCGAGCGCGUGUCUGCGUUCCGCGUUGGGAGAAGAAAAGCGCGCAGCGUCCCAAAGAUUCCCUCAUCACCAGAAUCGAUAGCAGGUGUGAAUUCAUGUCUGUGUAUCCCUCACAGAUAUACUGCCCAGUGUUUGUGCCCAGCAGAGACAUGACGGAGGUGAUGAUCAGCAGCACCCCCAUGGAGGACAUGAGGCUCAGCCCCAGCAAGGAUAGGCUCUCCUUCCAGAUAUUCCCUGACCCCUCAGAUUUUGAGCGAUGCUGUAAGCUAAAAGACCGUCUGCCAUCCAUUGUGGUGGAGCCCACAGAGGGAGAGGUGGAAAGUGGGGAGCUCCGCUGGCCUCCGGAAGAGUUUUUGGUCAGUGAAGAGGAGGAGGAGGAAGAAGAGGGACGGAGUAAUGGAAAUAUCCAAAAUGGACAGCCAGUUCAGAAUUCCCAGCACUAGAAGCCGAAUUGCGGGGCCCUGUCUUUAUUCUCUCUCUCUUUUUCUCUCUCUCUCUCUCUCUCUCUCCUUCACCCCCCCCCCCCCCCACUCACACACACAUGCACACACUCCUUCUUCUUCACACACUGGCUGUACUGCAUGUCAGUGCUCCAACAGACUAACUGGCAGGCACACAAUUGGUUAGUGAUGCCAUCUCUCUUCCUUUGACACCAAAGCAACACACACACACACACACACACACACACACACACACACACACACACACACACACACACACACACACACACACACACACACACACACACACGUACGUCUGUGUGUCUUGACCAGGAUGGAUGCCCCAUUGGACAGUGGCAGCUCAGUGCUCCAUGGACAGCCAUCAGCAGGAGGCUAAUCCUGUACCCACUCUUCACUCCAGAAUGGGUGGCGGCAUCAUGACCCCAGAGACUUCAUUUUCCAAUAACUGCUGUGGUACCCAUGGGGAUUUGUCUAUAUUGUAUUAUCCAUACCUGUGCUCCAUUUCUGGAUUUAUCUUGACAAUUGUGCUUGCCAUCACUAUCUAUACAUCUGUUUUGAAACGUGGGUGUUUUGUGAAAAAUAUCUGUGGGAUUGUUUGGGGGUUCAUUCUGACGCAUCGAGGAAUGGAUUCCUGUACCUUCAGUUAUUGUGGGCAUAUGUCAGGCUUUUGCAUAGGAAGGACAGCCUGGAAGCAUUUGCAGUAGAUUUGAAGAGGCAAAGCAAAGAAAACUGAACGAGUAGAACCUACCCUACUGUGCUAAAUACGUGAAUACAUUGUGCAAAGGCCUGCUAUACACUGAGGCACACACGUGCUUUAAAUUUGCCCUCACCUUGGCCCUUUUAGCCUUAUGAUGGAGCUGGAGGGUAUUGGCUUUAUCGGAUGGAAAUCUUGAAGGGAGAAAAACCAAUAGUUAGUCAGAAAUUCUUGCAGUCGAUGGACAUGUUAAUACUUUCCCCCCACACAGAGAACCCCUGAGGCCGUGUAUUGCUUUGAUUUUGACCUGUUAUGGUGUUGGUCUACUUUACCAUUGUUGAGAGCAAAACAAAUGUACGUCUAUAGCCCAGAUGGAAAAACGCUCAGCGCUGCUCACACAAGUGAAAACGUGACUGUCAAAGCUACCCAACCUACUAGUCUUCCUGUUAUUUGGAGAUCAGCCACAGCAUUUUAUGCCGUGAAAUUCAGGUCAUGGGCUAAUUUACCUGAUGUGGGAUCAGCGAGUUUAACGGUUAUACAGGCAAUAUCUGAAACGAGUGUUUCAUAAGUUGCUAAAGGUUAUAAAUGGGUUUGCAUCAUCAAUGUAAUUGUAAUUGAGCUAGUUUCUCAAGAUGAUUGUAAGGUGGGCAAUUGUUGGGUAACUAUUAAUUUAGUACUUUCUAGCCUGUAAGCUUGUUAAAGCGUUCGGUCAUUUGGAUUUAGCUCAUUGAUCUGUCUUUUCUAUAAAGGCGUUUUGGUUUUUUGCCAGUAUGCAAUUUCAAAUAUUGUGGUUAUUUUUUCCCCCUUUGACAUCAGUCCUUUACUUGUCUUGGGGGAAAUUACAUUUUCAAUGUCAUUUUGUGGAGAGAAGUAAUUUUUUGUACAGAAAUAAAUUGUUCUGAGAUACUGUAUGAGCCUGUUAGAAACCUCGUCUUGUUUUUGUAAAUUUCCCAUUUAAAUGGCAUUAGGGCUGUGUACAGAACAUCUCCCCUCUCAUUCUGCUGUCUGUCACUUACAGGUCCCACAUUGUUUUUGUAAAUCUCAGGGAGAUUAGCCGCCAUCUUUCUUCUUUUUUGUUUUGUGUAUUUAGACCACUUUCUCUGUAACAAAACACGGAGGUUGUAAAUAAACAUUUGAAUUUGCU